AUGGGAAAAUCAUCAAGCUCGGAGGAAACUGAAGUCAAGAAAGGGCCAUGGACUCCGGAGGAAGAUGAGAAGCUCGUAGGCUAUAUUCAGACGCAUGGUCCCGGAAAAUGGCGAACCCUUCCCAAGAACGCCGGGUUACAACGAUGUGGAAAGAGUUGUAGAUUACGAUGGACAAACUAUCUAAGGCCCGAUAUCAAGAGAGGAGAGUUCUCUCUUCAAGAGGAAGAGACUAUCAUUCAACUCCAUCGUCUUCUUGGAAACAAAUGGUCCGCCAUUGCUAUUCACUUGCCAGGAAGAACAGAUAACGAGAUAAAGAACUAUUGGAACACGCAUAUAAAGAAGAAACUCUUACGAAUGGGGAUUGAUCCAGUGACUCAUUGUCCCCGGAUCAACCUUCUUCAGCUCUCCUCGUUUCUUACUUCAUCUCUCUAUAAAUCUAUGUCGCAGCCGAUGAAUUCUCCAUUUGAUCCCACUACUUCAAGUUUUAAUCCAGAAAUCUUGAAUCACCUCACUGCCUCUCUCAGCAACGUUCAAACCGAAUCAUACCGACCAAACCAACAGCUUCAAAACGACCAACAAACCAGUUUCACCGGUUUGCUCAACUCCACACCACCGGUUCAAUGGCAAACCAAUGGAGAAUACUUGGAAAAUUAUCUCAACUAUACCGGUUCAAGUGACCCGUCUAUUAACCAAGUCCCUCUAACCGGAAACUACUCAUCCGCCGCAUAUGUUUCCGAUGAAAUCAACGGCGGUGAGGACUUCAAGGCCGGGUGGGACUUCAGUUCAUCGAUGUUACCGGGAAGUUCGUCCAGUAGCUCGACACCGCUGAAUUCUUCUUCCACGGUUUAUAUUAAUGGUGGAAGCGAAGAUGAUAGAGAGAGUUAUGGUAGCGACAUGUUCAUGUUUCAUCAUCAUCUUGAUCAUAAUAAUUCUUUGAAUCCAUCUUAA